AGAUCAUGGCUGCGGGUGCCAUCCCCGUCAUUGUCGUCGAUCACUACGUGCUGCCCUACCAGGACCUGCUGGACUGGGAGACGUUCAGCAUCCGCAUUCCCGAGCACAGGCUCCUCGAGCUUCCGAGGAUCCUGCGGUCGAUCCCUGAUGAGGUGGUGGAGAUGAUGCAGAGACGCGUUGUGUUUGUGUUUGAGGAGUUCUUCAAGUCCCUUUCCACCCAGGUGCACGCAGCGCUGCUGGAGUCUGCCAGGAUCAACCUGUUCAGCGGCGACAACGCCUGGCAGGGGGAAGAUGCAAGUGGAAGGGCUGGCGUACGACACGCCCAAUGAGACGCCACACGAUGUGAUGCAGGAGUCUGUAUGGUGCAACACCCCCGCCCACCGACGAAAGGCGGCCAAGGAUAAUGCCCCCAUGUGAUGUGUUUGCGUGCGAUGAUGAUGAGGAGGUGGAUGAGGAGGAGGAGGAGGAGGAGGAGGAGAGGAGGAGGAAGAUGUCUAACAGCGUAACCAAGAUCAGCUCUGU